AGCUGCGAUAUUGAUAGGCUACCAUAUUAAGACGUUUAAAAUAAAAAAUAUAUAUUAAUUUCCCCAUAGAGGAUAGAAAGUAACCUGUAAGUAGUCUAUCCCAACGUGUCAAAUUUAAUAGCGUGCUCUCACCUGAACAGUGCUGCAGCCCAUAACAUUAUUAUUAACCCGAAUUCAGGUUAUAAGAUUGGAAGUGGAGAUGUUGGGAAAACAUUUUUUCUGGAUUUGUCUCCUUUCCGUGUCUAUUCCGUUAUAUUUCGCCGAAGACCUGAAGAGGGAUGCGCAUAUACAACAUGAAAAUGAUUCAGUUUGGAGACAAGGGAAACCCGGAAGACUGUUUGCCAGGAGACGGAUUUCGCCACAUCAGGGACACCACCACGUUGCAUUCCAGAAACCCAAGCCUGAGCCUGCAGCCCCUCCCCGGCGGUGUGGUCGUCUGAUGGAGAGCUGUGCCCAUCACACCCCCUGCUGUGACCCCUGUGCCUCCUGCCGCUGUCGCCUCUUUAACACCAUCUGCCACUGCUGGAGACUAGGCCCACACUGCCCCAAGAAGACCUAGACACACACACACACACACACACACAAACACUGCUUCACCACAUACACACCACACACACCCUACACAACACACA